AUGUCGAAACGACAUCCAUAUAACCACACCAAAGUAUAUCCAGACAGAAAUGCUUUGAUCAAUCAAGCAAUACGAAGAAGACGUAUUGUAUGGGACCUGAUGCCGGGUGUUUUAUAUGAAUUCAACGUACGAACACGGAGCAAUAAUGUUCUUAGCGAUUCAAGCAGUGUUUCGGAUCGAAUGCCACCGGACACACCAGGUUUCAUCAGCAUCGACCAUUUGACUUCAACCACUGCUAAUCUAUCAUGGGGCGAACCGCAUCGUGGGAUUUAUGAUGGAUUUGUUGUUGAAAUCGAUCCGGUAGACGGCGGUGUUGAGCAACCGGGAUUGCCAACGGAUAAACGAAGAAAUCUGUUCGGAUUGACGCCUGGCGUAAGAUAUCUUGUUGAAGUAUACGCCACCUCGCAUGGGGUGCUGAGUUAUAAACCAAGGAACCGAACAAUUGAAGUGCCACCUAUGCCACCAAUGCGGCCAGUAGUGGCAAGCAAUGUACAAUCUACUGCUGUUACUUUAUCAUGGCAAGUCCCAGUACAUGGAAGACUGGAUCAUUUUGAGGUCGUUUAUUACCCAACACUCAACGACUACCGAAGGUUACGUCACAAAGUCCACGACCCGUUAGUCACACUAACCAACUUGUUGCCCAACACCGAGUAUUCACUCAUUCUUUUCUCUGUGACGAACCAUACCAAUCUAGUGUUCAGUAAACCACUGCUAGCUACGGUCCGUACCGGACAAUACGAAACUACAGCUAUUUACCGAACUACAACGUCACUGGCAGGAGUCGUAGUCACGGCGAAAGAUGAAGGUGAAGAGGAAGGAAACGAAAACUUGGUCGGUGGGACAGAAGAUCCAGCGAAAACGGCGAGCCAGACGUCAUUGAUCGACAGAAUAAAGUCAGCUACAACCCCGAAACCAGACGUAAACACGAUUGCUAAUGGAAGAACACUACCUCCACAUUAUUCCAUCCCGGACGUGCUCUCAACAAUAAAGCCAUUUCCUACUACUAAGUAUUACCAGGGACGAGUCACCACAUACCCAAGUUUGAACGUAAAUACGGAAACAACAGAUUCUUGGAGAACAAGUUCUGAAUCAGCUUCACCGACCCAUGCAGCAGAGACAUUUACAACAGCAGCAAUGGUCAGAAGUACAACUCGUUUUCCGGUUGUAUUCAGGACAACCACUAAUAAGUUUUUAGUCUCAACGACAUUUGCACCAGAUAAAAUUAAAGAUACAACAACCAUGACAAUGUUAAGCACAACUAAAGCCAAUGGAGGGCCUGUUGAAGCUGUAGAAACUACUGCAUCGCAACCAAAGCCGCGUGAUCAGGGCAAAGGAGACCAAACAACUCCUUCCCCAGACAUGACUGUUGUAUUUAAACCUGGAGAUACUGCCUCAACUGCUAAUAAAUCUGUAGCAACAGCAACAACGUCUUCUACAACAGAUGAAUAUGUAGCAACAACAACAACAACAACGUCUUCUACAACAGAUAAAUCUGUAGCAACAGCAACAACGUCUUCUACAACAGAUGAAUCUGUAGCAAAAACAACAACAACAACAACGUCUUCCACAACAGAUGAAUCUGUAGCAGCAACAACGUCUUCUACGACAGGUGAAUCUGUAGCAACAACAACGUCUUCUACAACAGAUGAAUCUGUAGCAGCAACAACGUCUUCCACAGCAGAUGAAUCUCAACAACCGUCUUCUACAACAGAUGAAUCUGUAGCAACAACAACAACGUCUUCCACAACAGAUGAAUCUGUAGCAACAACAACGUCUUCUACAACAGAUGAAUCUGUAGCAACAACAACAACAACAACAACGUCUUCUACAACAAAUGAAUCUGUUGCAACAACAACGUCUUCUACAACAGAUGAAUCUGUAGCAACAACAACGUCUUCUACAACAGAUGAAUCUGUAGCAACAACAACAUCUUCUACAACAGAUGAAUCUGUAGCAACAACAACGUCUUCCACAACAGAUGAAUCUGGGGCACCAACAACGUCUUCUACAACAGAUGAAUCUGUAGCAACAACAACGUCUUCUACAACAGAUGAAUCUGUAGCAACAACAACGUCUUCUACAACAGAUGAAUCUGUAGCAACAACAACGUCUUCCACAACAGAUGAAUCUGUAGCAACAACAACGUCUUCUACAACAGAUGAAUCUGUAGCAACAACAACGUCUUCUACUACAAAUGAAUCUGUAGUAGCAACAACAACGUCUUCUACAACAGAUGAAUCUGUAGCAACAACAACGUCUUCUACAACAGAUGAAUCUGUAGCAACAACAACGUCUUCUGCAACAGAUGAAUCUGUAGCAACAACAACGUCUUCUACAACAGAUGAAUCUGUAGCAACAACAACGUCUUCUGCAACAGAUGAAUCUGUAGCAACUACAACGUCUUCUGCAACAGAUGAAUCUGUAGCAACAACAACGUCUUCUACAACAGAUGAAUCUGUAGCAACAACAACGUCUUCUGCAACAGAUGAAUCUGUAGCAACAACAACGUCUUCUACAACAGAUGAAUCUGUAGCAACAACAACGUCUUCUGCAACAGAUGAAUCUGUAGCAACAACAACGUCUUCUGCAACAGAUGAAUCUGUAGCAACAACAACGUCUUCUGCAACAGAUGAAUCUGUAGCAACAACAACGUCUUCCGCAACAGAUGAAUCUGUAGCAACAACAACGUCUUCCGCAACAGAUGAAUCUGUAGCAACAACAACGUCUUCUGCAACAGAUGAAUCUGUAGCAACAACAACGUCUUCCACAACAGAUGAAUCUGUAGCAACAACAACGUCUUCCACAACAGAUGAAUCUGUAGCAACAAAAGUUAGCUCAUCGACAACGCAAUCUACCUCGAAAACAGACAAACCUAUUAUUCGCGGUGGAUCCGGCAAAACAACAACAGAUUCUACAAAUAAAACAGAUUCAACCCCAACUAAAACCAAGCCAGGAGUUAAUGAUUCUCCACCCACGACCCAUGCUACUAAGCAGCCUAGUGCAGACGCAUCUUUCUCUACCACAACACCAUUUAGUCCACUGGAACCAACAGAGCCGCUUACAACAACCUACCCAGUAGUUGUGACUGGAGAUGUAGAAGUGAUCCCUACCACGGCGGUAAAUCAAAUUGGAAGCGGCGAAGGUCCAACAUCAGAUAAUGGUACAACUUCAAACGGUGGUAGCGAAAUGACUGUGGGUCAAGACGAAGGCAGAACCAACCGUAUUCAACAAGGUUAUUCGACAAUCUGUAGACCGAACAACAUAACCGUAUUAGUAGACAAGGCUGUCAUCGCAAACUACGAACGCAAAUACGGACCUUUACAUUUAAAUGACGAACUGGACCCACGAUGUGUUGGUGUGGAACAUCCAACCUACUAUAGAUACACCAUUGCUCCAAAUCUUAUGGAUUGUGGAACUACAAUAGAGCUGAACGACACGCAUGUCAAUUUCACAAAUACAGUGUCCAACAAUAAGUAUCGGAACGAGUGGUACCGGAAUAUAACCGACCAUGGAGGCACAGUAAUACUGGGCAACAGGGCUGCACGGAAUCCAGGGGUUUUCGUCAACAUGAGAAUAUGGUGCACAUUUCCACUCGAUUUGAGCGUAUCUAUGGCUUACCCAUUCCUGCCACAAAUCACGCAGCAAGUUUUGACAUUCAAUAUCUCUGGCCAUGGGCAAUUUUCAGCUGCCAUGCAGUUGUAUAAAUCGAACGCGUAUGACGACCCAUACAUCGCCCCACCAACGCUACAGUCAAACGAAACCCUCUACGUUGGAAUAUCCUUACUUGAAACUCAUAACUCUACAUUCAUGGUUGUAAAACGCUGUUGGGGCACACCCGAGCGAGCGCACGAUCACCCCCGGCAAUACCCAAUAAUCAGCGACUACUGCAGAGUUCCGGAGAGUCUGGGUGGUAGUGUUAAAGUAAUGGGGAACGGGGAAGGGCGGAAAGUGAAGUGGGAGGGCUCUGUGUUUAAGUUUAUUGAUUUCCAACAAGUUUGGCUGCACUGUGAGAUAAGAGUUUGCUUCGGGGAUGAUUGUAAACCGGACUGUGAAGAGACAACUUCUCGACGAAAACGAUCAGCCAAUAGUGAUGGUGGAAGUGUACACGUGAUUAGCGCUGGACCAAUCUCGUUAGACAGGCCUAGAGGACCAGUGGUUGAAUCGGUAGCUUCUGGCACGACAACUUCUCCCGAAGCACCAGCUGUAGAUAUGGAGAAAACAACUGUGUUGAUUGCAGUCGGGGGGUUGUGCUUUGUGAUUCUGAUUUGCUUAAUUGUUAUAGUCGGUGUGCUUGUCCGCCUUCAUAAGAAACGUAGGUUGCAAAAGAAUCAAAAUUCGUCGACCGAAUCCACUACUGCCUUCGAGUCACGAAAUUUUGAAGCGCCUGUUCCAGACGGAAGUGAUUAUUUCGAAAUUUCUCGCUCAACUUCACACUUGCAAUCCUUUACACCACCACCGUCCUCCAGCGGACACGGUCGAGUGGAAUCAUCCAUCCGCACAGUGUCGCAACUCAAAACAGUCUCCAACGACAACGCAGCUUUUCUAGGGUCCAACAGCGACAUCUCAAGUGCUAAUAAGAAUAUCAAUGACAAACACAACGUGGCGCCCAACACCAACAAGACUCCAGGAUCUGGUGUGACGUCACAUGGUGCGAACGUCAUCUCGUAAACCAAUUUUUCCCUUAUUUAAAAAGUUCCUGUAGAUAGUUAAUGGGAAACCCGCAGUAGGCUUACGGUUAGUCCAUAGCAAUAUUAGAGUCCAAUAACGCUUUACAGUUUUUGAUUGCCCAGUUUUGCAACAUUAAAACAAAUCCAUACCUUUACAAUACAUACAUCGUAGCGAACACUUUUUCGAAUUCACUACAAUAUUGAAAGAAAAGCUGUGAAAAACGAACGAAUUAGUCAAUUAACUUUGUGUUUCUUAUUUGCCGCCUAUUAUUAUGUAAAGCCGAAUAUUUGCCCGCAGUGUUAAUUAUUCGUCGUAUAUUUUGUAACCGCCUGCUUUACACAUUUGCCAAGAAAGCACAGGAGCUAAAUAAAUUAUCUUUCCCGCGUAAA